AUAAUUAUAAUUCCAGUACGUGCUAAAUAGAACAUUAGUAAACUUCCGAAAAUUUGUCUCAUGUUUGAGAAUAAAUGACGCAGGCACAACACUGGGGAUUUACGGUUUCCUUGUGUCUUGGGAAACAACAUUGUAUUAGUAUUUAAACGCGGGUGAAUCGAUGUCUGACAUCAUUGUGAUAUCGGCUUUCUCACAGCGCGAGUCAAAAAGACUUGGACUUAAAAAUAUAUAUUAAUUCACAAUGUACUUCAAAAUAGGAAUGUUACUAGCAGCCACGCAGGUGAUUGCAACACUUGCAUAUCCACCAAGCUGUGCGUGCUAUAGAAACCAGCGACCAGUGUGCGGAACUGAUGGGAAAACAUACAACAACGAGUGCCUGCUCGACUGUGCCACCAGAGAUGAUCCCGGUCUAAGGGUCAGAUAUCAAGGACCCUGCUCGGAAGGAAACGUCGGCUUCCCCGCGUGCCACUGCGACUACGACCUCAACCAGGUGUGCGGUAGCGACAACCACACGUACGACAACGCUUGCCUGUUGAACUGCGCCGCAGCCACGAACCCAGGCCUUAGCAUUUUGUACUCGGGCCUUUGCGCAGACGAAGUCAAAAUCGUGGACGGCCCCAGCAAAUACCCUUCGUGCACGUGCACGCGCGAGAUGAAGCCGGUCUGCGGCAGUGACGGUAUCACGUACAACAACGACUGCCUCUUAAACUGUGCCACAAUCAAUGACUCCAGACUCGGCAUCGAAUACUACGGGCCUUGCGCUGAUAAGGUUAUAGUCGUCGACCCUGGGACGCAAGGGGACUACCACGGAAUACGACCCCUGUAAUCGAACUGCAUACGCCUCUCGUACAAGUCUUAUAGCGUAGUUUUAGGGCAAUGUUUAGAACGACAGAUGACCGCCUUCAUAGAGAGAGAAAAAGACCUUUUUUUAUUUAACAAAAUCCCACAAGACUGGCAGAGUUGUUUGAAAUAAUUACUUUUAUUAAUCCGCAGAGUAAUAUUUGAAUUUAAAUUUUUAUACGAUUUUUUUAAGUUACAAUUAUGAUUUUUUAUUUUUCUUACACGCACACAAGAUAUUUGUUAAGGUUUUUUAUUCCAAUAAAUUAUUAUAUUUUA